UACAAUUUAGUCUGAUAUGACAUUUCAAUAGAGUUCUUGAUUGUCGAUUCUUAUAAAUCCAGUUACAAUUGCAACAUUCAAGUUAACUAGCGAAUUUAAACCGUAGGCUAUAAAGUUUAAUUAUUUUAAAAUGAUUCGGUUAAGGUUUUGUUUGGUUUGGGCAGUAGUCUGCAGUUCAAUGGUUUUCUGUCAAGGCUCUCUGACACCGCCAAAACCAGUUGUAAUACCCGUGCCGGUCCCGUCCCUUGCGGCAAGUCCUGCGGUUAGCAGUGCUGCGUCUGAAGAACCAAAGAUUUCGACGGAAAAAAUUUCCACGACAACAAAACCGUCGUCUGAACCAGAACCUACUACUACCACACCUACCACUCCUCCGACGACUACUUCGACUACUCCUUCAACAACAACUCCAACAACACCUCCGACGACUCCUCCAACCACAACCCCAACCCCUACAACUACAACGCCGACACCUCCCCCAACGCCCCCUCCGGCCCCGACACCAGCUCCUGGCCCUCUUCCACCACCACAACAAGGAACUUGGUCCUGGACUGACAAAAACAAUGUGACCUGCAUCCUCAUUAAGUUCGCUGCUCAGCUGAAUGUCACCUACCCAAUCGAUAACUCAUCGUCUCCGUUGGGCCACCUGGUGAUGAACGUCCCCUCCACCGCCGUGGUGGUGAACGGCAGCUGUGACGGGUCUCAGCAGUGGGUGAACAUCACGUGGCCGGUGUGGGACAAGCCCGCCUCGCCCAUGAACAGCAUGCUGAUGGUGUUCGCCAACAACGCCACCACCAAGCUCUACUCCCUGGAACAUCUCAACCUCUUGCUCAUGCCGGAAGUCUUCCCUAACGCAUCAUCCGAGAUGUUCGUCCACUGGCAGGGCUCCACGUGGCGAACUCCCCAGGCGACCUCCUACCGCUGCUCCCCUCCCACUCAGCUCAACCUCACAGCCGAUGCCGUGAACCAGGUCGCCACCCUCACCCUGACGCAGCUCCAGGAGGAAGCCUUCCGGACAUCCGGAAACAGCAGCCAAUUCAGUGCUCCUCGUGACUGCGGCGGCGGGGACGUCCCUGACGCUGUUCCUAUCGCCGUGGGAUGUGCUCUGGGAGGGUUGGUGCUGGUGGUGCUGGUGGCAUACCUUGUGGGCCGACGCCGCUCACCGGCCAGGGGGUACCUCUCUAUGUAGAGGUGCCGGUCGGCGCUCGUCCCGUAGUGUUUAGUAUAGUUCAGUAUAUUAUGGAAUACACACCUCUUCUAUGGACGCCGAGCGGCUAUACUCGCAUAUAGCUGCUCAAACCUCCCUAUCUGUAAUAUAAUGGUUUUGUUUGACAAAAUUGUAAUUAAAUUCCAACCAUCAUUUAUUUCAUAUAAGUGUAAUGAUUAUUUAAUUUUUAUCUGUGUAUUAUCGCUUGGAGCCGGUAGAUACGAAGAGGUAUAUUAAAUCUAUAUAUAGAUGUGAUUUAGUGUUAAUGCUGAUGUUAUCCUCCGCGCGCCGUACUCGCUGUGGAGCUCCACGCGCGCUAAGGUCAUAGAUGUGUAGAAGUCGUCCCACGUAACCUUGUAUCAAUCUCAAUCUAAUGUAACAUUGUUUGUGAUCGUUUCAUUUAUAUAUCUGUUGGGCAAGCGGGGGGAGGGGAGGAGGAGAGGGGAGGGGAUCUUCCUCCCUGUAGGGCGAGGUCAUCCAGCGGACAGUGUGACGUGUCACGUUAUAAUAAAUAUUUUUUAUUGCCAA